AUGCAGAAUUCCACCAGUGAGGCCAACUUUCAAUGGCACGGUAUCACAGUGCCAUCCCGACUCUCGGCUAUCUUUCAGAAUGGGCCAUGGCCCAGUAGUGGCUAUAAAAGGGAAGUCCAAGAUGGCGGCGCUGGGCUGCUCCUGCUGUGGGCGACCGGAAGUGCCGGAGGCUACCGGAAGUGCCAGCGCCACCUCGCAUCUAACGUUGUUGUCUGGGCAACCAACGCUCCUCCAGCGGCUGGGUUUCAGGCGGAGAGCAGUGGAGCCGCGCGGAGAAGCCCUCAACCGUGCUUACAGAGAACCACUGGUCCUGGGGACCGCUCUUCCACGGAGGAGAUGGACCUGAAGGUUUUGCAGUUCAAGAACAAGAAACUAGCAGAGCGGUUGGAACAGCGGCAGGCGUGUGAAGAUGAACUCCGAGAACGCAUCGAGAAGCUGGAAAAGCGGCAGGCCACGGAUGACGCCACAGUCCUCAUCGUCAAUCACUACUGGGCCCGGCUGGGUGAAACUGUGCAAGCCCUUCUCUGCCAUCCUGAGAACCAGGGGGAGCUGUCUUCAGGGACAGAGGCGCCUGGGACCCAGCUGAGGCCGACAUGUGCUGAGACCCCUCUCACUGAGCCGAGGACGUCUGAACUGAGGGAGAACAUGCCAGGGCAGCUGCAGCCCCCGCUCAGUGAGCCAGCCUUGGCUUUCGUGGUGGUCCAGGGCACCAGCAGCAGUGAGGAGGUGGAGCGGCAGCUGCAGGGCCGAAUGGAGUUCUCCAGGGUAGCCGUGUCCUGUGUGAUGGAGGCUUCAGACCGCCUACAGCGCCAGGUAGAGGAACUGUGUCAUCGAGCAUACAGUCAAGGGGCAAGUGAGCCCCACGGGGAGGUGGCUCGGGCAUACACUCGGGAGUUGGGCCGUGAUAACCGGCGACUUCAGGACUUGGCCACCCAGCUACAGGAGAAGCACCACCAUAUCUCAUUGGAGUACUCUGAGCUCCAGGAUAAAGUGAUAUCAGCAGAGACCAAAGUGCUGGAGAUGGAGACGACAGUAGAGGACUUGCAGUGGGACAUUGAGAAGCUGCACAAGCGUGAGCAAAAGCUCAAAAAGCACCUGGCGGAGGCCUUGGAGCAACUUAACUCUGGCUACUAUGUCUCUGGGAGCUCCUCAGGCUUCCAGGGGGGCCAGAUCACACUCAGCCUGCAGAAGUUUGAGAUGCUGAAUUCGGAGUUAGAGGAAAAUCAGAAAUUAGCCAACAGCCACAUGGCAGAACUGGAGAAGCUACAGGUGGAACUUCAGGGGGCUGUGCGGACCAAUGAGCGCCUCAAGGUGGCCCUACGGAGCCUUCCUGAGGAGGUGGUACAGGAGACAGAGGAGUACCAAAUGCUGCAGGCCCAGUUUUCACUGCUUUAUAAUGAGUCUCUGCAAGUGAAGACCCAGCUGGAUGAGGCCCGGGGGCUGCUGCUGGCCACCAAGAACUCCCACCUGAGACAAAUUGAGCACAUGGAGAGUAAUGAGUUGGGGCUGCAGAAGCAGCUGCGCACAGAGGUUAUCCAGCUGGAGGACACUCUGGCUCAGGUACGCAAAGAGUAUGAGAUGCUACGCAUUGAGUUUGAACAGAACCUGGCAGCCAACGAGCAGGCGGGGCCAAUCAACCGUGAGAUGCGCCACCUGAUCCACAGCCUUCAAAGUCACAACCACCAGUUAAAGGGGGAUGCCCAACGAUACAAGCGGAAGCUAAGGGAAGUGCAGGCUGAGAUUGGCAAGUUCCGGGAACAGGCCAGUGGCUCUAUGCACUCUCUCCCCAAUCUGGGUCUCUCAGAGGAUUCUGACUUCUGUGUUGCAGCCCCAGGGAAAGAAGAGGGUGGGCCAAGCAUUGUUGGUGCCCAUGACAACAGAAAGGAGAUAGCUUCAAUGCCUGGUGCCACUACUACCUCUUCAGCAAAGGAGGAGGAACUGGUCCCCUCUGAGGAAGAUACCCAGGCUUUAACCCCUGGGUUCCAGGGCCCCUUCUGGGGCCAAGAACCUGAGACCAGACCCAAACAGGAGCUUUGGGAGCAGGAAGGUCCUGGCCUGGGAUCCCAGUCUGUGGCCUCAGCAUUUUUAAGAGGUGAUCGGGAGAAGGCCAAGGUGGAAGAGACCAAGAGGAAGGAGUCAGAAUUCCUCAAAGGUCUCCGAGAAGAGCUCAAGAAGGCCCAAGAAAGCCAGAAGGAGAUGAAGCUGCUGUUGGACAUGUACAAAUCGGUGUCCAAAGAGCAACGGGAUAAGGCACAGCUUGUGGCAGCUGAACGCAAGACAAAGGCUGAGGUCAAGGAGCUACAGUGUCGUAUCCGGGAAUUGGAGGAGAGGGAUCAAAGAGAAAGCAAGAAGAUUGCUGAUGAGGAUGCCCUUCGACGCAUUCGGCAAGCAGAGGAGCAGAUAGAACAUCUGCAGCGCAAGUUGGGUACCACCAAGCAGGAGGAGGAAGCGCUGCUGUCAGAGAUGGAUGUGACAGGUCAGGCUUUUGAGGACAUGCAGGAGCAAAAUGGGCGACUGCUACAGCAAUUGCGGGAAAAGGAUGAUGCCAACUUUAAGCUGAUGUCAGAGCGGAUCAAAGCCAACCAGAUUCACAAGCUGCUGCGGGAGGAGAAGGAUGAGCUGGGCGAGCAGGUUCUUUGCCUCAAGUCUCAGGUGGAUGCCCAGUUGCUGACUGUGCAGAAGCUGGAGGAACAAGAGGAGGCUUUGCAGGGCAGCCUUGGAGGUGUAGAAAAGGAGCUGAUGUUGUGCAGCCAGGCCCUGGAGCUCAAUAAGAGGAAGGCUGUGGAAGCAGCCCAGUUGGCUGAGGACCUAAAGGUGCAGGUGGAACAUGUGCAGACACGGCUUCGAGAGAUCCAGCCUUGCUUGGCAGAGAGCCGUGCUGCUCGAGAGAAAGAGAGCUUCAACCUCAAGAGGGCUCAGGAGGACAUCUCACGACUGCGGCGCAAGCUGGAGAAGCAGAGGAAGGUGGAGGUUUAUGCAGAUGCUGAUGAAAUCCUCCAGGAGGAGAUCAAGGAGUACAAGGCGCGGCUGACCUGCCCCUGCUGUAACACUCGCAAGAAAGAUGCUGUCCUUACCAAGUGCUUCCAUGUUUUCUGCUUUGAGUGUGUGCGGGGUCGCUAUGAGGCCCGCCAGAGGAAGUGCCCCAAGUGCAACACAGCCUUUGGUGCCCAUGACUUCCACCGUAUCUACAUCAGCUGA